AUGUCGGCAACAAAUAAUAAAACAGAUUCAAAUACAAAUAAAAAUAAUAAUCGUUCAAAUAAACCUGAAAUUCAACGAUAUUCAGUUGCUAAAGGAAAAUAUUCAUCAAAAUUAAAUAAUGAUCGACCAACAUCAGGAAAUUCAAAAAAUUUCAAUAGUUAUUACAAUAAUAAUAAUAAUAAUAAUCAAUAUUAUUAUAACGAACCAUCUUAUUAUGAUAAUGAUUAUCAACAAAAACCACAACGAAAACCUCCGAAAAAAAAGCCAAUUGAACCUGAAGUAAAAAUUGAUGGAGCAUCCUCAAAUAUAAAAGAUGCAACUAGUAGUAGUGAAACAGAAACAGAUCUUGAUAAACGUAUUGAAAGUAUGACAUUUGAAAAUCAAAAAUUAACUGAACAAAAAACAUCUGAAACUCGUGCUGGUUUAAUAUUUCUUAAUAAUAAAGAAUCACAAGAUGAUACAAAUGAAAUUGAUUCAUCACCAAGACAAUUUUAUAAUCAAACACGAAAACAACAACAAAAUAAAAAACCAAUUCGUUCAAAUCAACCACAAUCUAUUACACAAUCACUUCGAGGUUUAACUAAUGUAACACGUACUUUGUAUGAUCCAAAUGCUCCAACACCAAAAACACCACCUAUUCAACAAUUAACAACUGUUAAAGUUCCACUAAAUCCUCCUUCACAACCACCACUACCACCGCCACCAUUAUCAACUAGUACUCAACAACAAAUGCAAGAAUUCUAUCAACAUCAAUUUUUUAAUCAUGAACUUUGGAAUCAAACAUAUGGAAAUACAAUACAAAAUGAUGCUUCUUUACAAGCUGCACAAGCUCUACAAAUGAGAAAACAAGCAUUUAAUUAUUGGUUAACACAAAUACAUAAUUUAGAAAAAUCUUUAUCAAUUUAUUUAAACAAUUCACCACAUAUGGAUGUGAAUUUUCGACGAAUGAUGGAAGCAAAAAUAACACUUCAACAAGCAUAUAUUCAUGCAAUGAUGACAGAUAUGGAAUUAUCAUUAUCGAAAAAUCUUGAUGCACAGUUAUGGAAAUCAUGUUUUCAUAAUGUUAUUGAACGUUUUAGAGAAUAUGAUAAACAAUUAACUGAUAAUAAUAAUGUGAAAAAAUGUAUUGAAACUGUUAUCGAAGAUGGUGAACGAUUUUUUCUUGCUUUUAUUCGUCAACUUGAAUCAGCAUUUCAUAUUGAUACACAAUUAUAUUUUAAUCCAAAUGUAUAUUCACCUGAAUUAAAUACUAUUGUAGCUAAAUAUGCUCUUCUUUGUACACAACACUGUUUUCUUAACCUUGGUGAUUUAGCUCGAUAUAAAGAAACAAAUCGUAAUGGUACUGAUUAUUCUGAAGCAAGAAAAUAUUAUUUUCGUGCUCGAUUAUUAUAUCCAAAAAAUGGAAAAUCAUGUAAACAAUUAGCAAUAUUAGCUGUAAUGACUCAUCGACGGUUGGAUGCUAUUUAUUAUUAUGUUCGUGCCCUUGCUACAACAACACUUAAUGAUAGUGUUAAACAAAAUCUUGUUUCAUUAUUUGAAGAAGCUCGUCGACGUUUAGAAACAUUUGAAAAAGAACUUAAAGAACGUGAGAAAAAAAAUGAACGAAAAAUUCGAGCAGGUAAUCAAAAAUUAGAAAUAUGGAAACGUACAGAUGGAACAGUUGUCGGACGAAGUCUUGAUGAUGGACAAUCGACUAAUAAUCAAAAUGAUUUCGAUGGUUGUGUAUCUCAACAAGAACUUAUUCAUUGGUUUAUAUUGAAUUAUAUUACAUUACAUGGUAAAUUAUAUACUAAAACAGGAAUGGAAACAUAUACAGAAUUAUGUUCACGAAUGCUUCGUCAAUUUCAAUAUUUACUUCGUCAUGAUCCAUGUGUAUUUGGUAAACAACAAUUAGUACAAAUGAUGGCUAUUAAUAUGUAUCAAAUUGAAGUUGCGAAACAAGUUAAUGUAUCAGUUGAUAUUGUUGUUCGUUCUCAAUAUGAAGAAUCAUCACUUCAAUUAGCACUUGAUAUGUUUGGUUUAUUAACUGAACAAACCGCUAUUAUUCUUGAACGUCAUUUAAAAACUCGUUCAACAAUUAAUAAUUCUGAAACACCAUCACCACCACCACCACCAAUAUUUAAUAGUUGGUUACGACAUGUAUUUCCAUCAUUAAAAAUUUUUACUGAUUGGAUGACAUGUAAUGCUAAUUCAUUUAUACCAUUACCUGAUCAAUUACCAGCUGAAUUUGGUCCACAUCCAGAUAUUUUAAUAUCACUUGCAAAAGUUAUUAAUCUAAUUCGAACUAUUGAUAGAACAUAUAUUCAACUUGGUUCGAAUUUAACAAAUUCAGUACCAGUUAUUUUGGAAGAAGAUAUCGAACUUAGUGGAUUUUAUCCAUUACUUACAUUACCAGCUGAUACAUUACAAACAAUAAGUGAUACACCACUUGAUGAAGCAAAAGAUUCAAAACGUAUUGUUCGUUUAUGUUUUUUUGCUGAUUAUUUAUGUGGUCUUAAACAACCAGUAUUUAUUUAUGAUGUUCAACAAAAAACUUAUCAUCCAGCUUUAAAAUCAUCAAUACAUUCUGAACGAAGUAAAAGUCCAACAAAUGAUAAUCAGAAUUUAUCAAUGGAUCAUGAAUACAAUAGCAAUGAACCUGUAUCGCCAUUAUCAAAUUCAAAUAAUAUUGAUCAAUCAUCAACAGAUUCAAUUGUUAAUGGUAUUGAUAUGAAAGAACUUAAACGUAAAAAACGACAACUUGAACAUCAAUUAGCUGAAAAACAAAAACAAGAACAAGUUGUUAAAGAUAUUCUCAAUACAUCACGAUUAAUUGAAAUUGAAGUUAUACCACGUUUCAUUGUUCUUGAUACAAAUUGUUUUGUUAAUUAUCUUCCUAUUAUAUAUAAAUUAAUUAAACAAGGUCGAUUUAUAAUAAUUAUUCCAUUAAUUGUUAUUUGUGAACUUGAUAAAUUAUCUGUAACAACAAUUGUUGAUGAUGAUUCAUAUGAACAUGCAGAAAUGGUUCGUCGACAAUCAAUACAAGCUGUUAAAAUGAUUGAAGAAUGUUUUGCUAGUAAAGAACGACGUGUACAAGCUAUGACUGGUGAAGGAACAGUUUUAGAUUCUAUUCAAUUUCGAAAUGAAGUGAAAAAACAUGAAUCAAAUGAUGAUACAAUCUUAGGAUGCUGUUUGAAAUAUUGUCAUGAUAAUCCAAGAGAAUUUUUUCCGGCAAAUAAAGAUGGAGCUAUUCGAUUACAUCGUGAAGUUGUGCUUAUAACAGAUGAUCGAAAUUUACGUUUAAAAGCUCAAGCUCGAAAUGUACCUGUAAAAGAUUUAAUGAAAUUUCUCGAACUUGCUCAAGUUACUUUAUAA